UUAUUAUUUAGUCUUCUCCCAACUGUUCGAGAGUCGUGGCUGUUUAUUUUUGUGCGGUGUGGUUACAGUUAAAAAGGAGCAAGUAAUACAAGGAAAGUUGCAAAAAAAGUUGCACAUUACUUCGUAUCGUUUCGCAUUUUUGAAUGAAUAAAGUAAACCCGGAGGAUUUAAUUAAACCAAAAGGAUGGGGUGCCCGACAUACCCUCGUGCUCCUCGGAUUCAUGGCGUUAGGCGCCUCGUACGCCAUGCGGUUCAACCUUGCGCUCGCCAUCGUCGCCAUGGUGGCUGACCAUCCCACCAAGGUUGUAAACCCAUCGAGCAAUGAACCCGUCGCGGCGGCUGCCUCGUGCCAGCAGCACAUCGCAAAGAAAAAUGGAGUCGCAAAUUCCUCGUUGGAAACUAUGGAGGAGGAAAGUGCCAAAAUUGCGAACAUUUUGCGACUCGAUAUCCUCAAGGGGGACAAGUUAGACUGGACCGAGGCUGAACAAGGGAUCGUGUUAGGCUCGUUUUUCUAUGGUUACGUCCUUACGCAAAUUCCGGGAGGAUUGCUGGCUCAGAGAUACAGUGCGAAAUGGGUGUUGGGCAUGGGAAUCCUAAUUUCUGCAAUUUUUACGAUUAUUUCACCGAUAACGGCCCCCUGGGGGAAGGAGUAUUUCAUCAUGUGCAGAUUUAUGGAGGGAUUGGCAGGGGGAUCCCUGGUACCCUCUAUUCAGGUCAUUUUGGCGAAAUGGCUCCCACCCGCUGAACGGAGUGGCUAUGUGAGUUGUGUUUUCUCAGGGAUCAGCGUCGGUACGGCGAUAACGAUGGUGGUGACGGGUUUUAUCAUCGAGCACUUAGGGUGGCCCUCCGUCUUUUAUGUGAUCGGCGUCCUCUCAAUUUUUCACUUCGUCGCGUGGAUGUACUUCGUCUACGACACGCCCGACCAACACCCAAGAAUCUCCGUCCUCGAGAGAGAAUACAUUAAGGCUGCUAUCGGACCUUCAACGACAAAGGUCAAGUUGCCGACGCCCUGGAAGAAGAUUUUCACCUCGGUCCCCGUUAUAGUGAUUUUCAUCUCGCAGACGACGAAAGUGUGGGGCCUCUACACGCUGCUCAACCUCCUCCCAAAGUAUUUUAAGAGCGUGCUGCACUUCGACAUCAAAGAGAACAGUCUCACCUCAGCGUCCCCUCAAAUCUGCAUGUUUAUCAUUGCCACGGUCGUGACACACACGGGGGACUGGCUGAUAGCCAAAAAGUACGUGUCCAUCCUCACCUCAAGAAAGUUGUGUAACAGUAUUGCUCAAUGGGGCAGUUGCCUAGCCAUGAUUGGGGCCGCCUUAAGUGGAUGUAAUCGACUGUGGGCCCUAAUUUUUGUCAAUUUCGCUGUAGGAUUUAUGGGAGCGGGGUUUGGAGGAUGUCUGGUCAACGUGAUUGAUAUCGCGCCAAAUUUUGCUGGUGUUUUAAUGGGAAUUGGCAACACGUUUGGAAGUGUGACAGGUUUCGUAGCACCUGGCGUGGCUGGAUGGAUUCUUAGUAAUAAUGUGACCCUUGAACGUUGGCAGAUCGUCUUCUUCAUCGCCGCCGGCCUCAUGUUUUUUGGCAAUCUGAGCUACAUCAUUUUAGCCCAAACGGAAGAACUCGAGUGGAACCGACCCCCACCCGGGAUUGGUCUUUCCGCCACGCCCACCCCAGAACCCGGCACGGCGGAAGAAUCCUCCGACGAAGAAAUACCCGAGUUACCAAAGGCCGACGAUAUCGCACACCCCGCCCACCACGCGCACCCUCAUCGUCGCCACAGCGGGGCACGCCGCGACUCGCAAGCAUUUAUCCCGGCAUUCAACCAACCCCGCGCGGGACGACGGUACUCCACCCUUUCAAUGGGAUUGUCGCAAGAGAGUUAAACAAGAUUUAUGCAAAUGUACCUUCCACGGGAAUAAAAGGCUACACAAAGAAUAUUUAUGUAAAAAAGUGGGAUUAAAAAUUACUUUUUUUAAAAAAAACA